AUGGAGAAGAAGCGACGGGCGCGCAUUAAUGUGUCUCUGGAGCAACUCAAAUCGUUGUUAGAGAAACACUAUUCGCACCAGAUCCGGAAACGCAAGUUGGAGAAAGCAGAUAUACUGGAGCUCAGCGUCAAGUACAUGAAAAGCCUUCAGAACUCGGUGCAAGGGCUCUGGCCGGUCCCCAGCGGAGCCGAGUACCCGUCGGGCUUCCGCGGCUGUCUGCCCGGCGUUAGCCAGCUUUUGCGGCGCGGAGAGGAGGGCGGCGGCGGCGGCGGCGGCGGCGGCCUGCGCUGCCCCCUGGUGCACGAGCGCGCGGGUGGCAGCACCAUGGACAGCGCCAGCUCCCGCCCUGAGGCGCCAGCCAGGCGAGGCCCCUGCGCCUCCGCGGUUUGGGUCCCUGUUCCCGCCGCCGGCGGCUCGCGGUCGCCGCCACCCCGGCUUCUCUUCUCUGGAGGUCUUCCCAGCCCGUCCACCAGCGUCCCAGCGCCGCAGUCGGCGUCUCGUCGCUUCGCCGACAGCCCGGGGCCGGGGCUGCGCUUGUGGCGGCCCUGGUGA